GGGGAAGAUUGCUAUGCAUGUUAUUUUAUGGAACAUUGUGUCCAAAGCUAGAAUGCAGUCUCACUCGAUGCUCUUCUGCUUUAAACGAGAGGAGUUCUGUCCCGCGAGCGACCUACAAUUCCUGAUGGAGUCGUCCGACACAGCUUCCUUCCUCUGCACGUUGUUUUCAAGCGACUUGCCAAGUGUUUCUGGUUUGCCUAGCGCUUAUAUGUUGAAGGCCUAAUUUUUGUUUAAGUUGGAGGUUUUUUGGUGUUUGGGACGAUAUUUGAAUUCCAAGUUCUUUGCAAUUUAAACCAGUGGUUGAAAGAGUCAAAGUUCCAUACCGUAUUCAGAUAUCACCACUUUUGCUACUCUCUUGUGUUUUCUUGGUAGCACAAGAUGAUGCAGAGGCCUUUUCGCCCUGAAGAUUAUUCCUUGAAGCAGACUUCUCCUCACCUCGGUGGCGGUGGAGUUGCCGGGGAUAAGCUUACCAGCACCUAUGACCUUGUCGAGCAAAUGCAAUAUCUCUAUGUUCGUGUUGUCAAAGCUAAAGAUCUUCCUGCAAAAGAUAUUACGGGCAGUCUUGAUCCAUAUGUGGAGGUUAAGCUUGGUAAUUACAAGGGAACAACCCGACAUUUUGAGAAGAAGACUAAUCCUGAAUGGAACCAGGUCUUUGCCUUCUCAAAGGAUCGGAUCCAAGCUUCCAAUCUUGAAGUUAUAGUCAAGGAUAAGGACUUUGUGAAGGAUGAUUUUGUUGGAAGGAUUACUUUCGAUUUGAGUGAGAUCCCAAAAAGGGUUCCUCCUGACAGCCCUUUGGCUCCUCAGUGGUACAGAUUGGAAAAUAAGAACGGUGAUAAGAUUAAGGGAGAGCUGAUGUUAGCAGUCUGGAUGGGCACUCAAGCAGAUGAAGCGUUCCCAAAUGCUUGGCAUUCUGAUGCCGCCACAGUUCCUAGUGAUGGCCUUGCUAAUAUAAGAUCAAAGGUUUAUCUCACUCCUAAGCUAUGGUAUGUCAGGGUUAAUGUCAUUGAAGCUCAGGAUUUGCAGCCUAUUGACAAAGGUAGGUUUCCGGAGGUAUUUGUGAAGGCUUCGCUUGGCAAUCAAGCCCUCAGGACAAGGAUAUCUUCUAUCAGGGGCAUUAAUCCUGUGUGGAAUGAAGAUUUGAUGUUUGUAGCUGCGGAGCCUUUUGAGGAGCAUUUGUCCAUAAGUGUUGAGGAUAGGGUUGGGCCAAACAAGGAGGAGUUGCUUGGAAAGACGAUUAUUCCACUUCAGACUGUGGAUAGAAGGUUGGACUACAAGCCUGUGCUGAGUCGGUGGUAUACUAUUGAGAAGCAUGUCGUUAUUACAGAAGGUGAUAAGAAAAAGGAGCUAAAAUUUUCUAGCAGGAUUCAUCUUAGAAUAUGUUUGGAUGGCGGAUACCAUGUCUUAGAUGAGUCUACACAUUACAGCAGUGAUUUCAGACCAACAGCAAAGCAGCUAUGGAAGCCAAGUAUUGGAGUUCUUGAACUAGGUAUCUUGAACGCUCAAGGGCUGUUGCCAAUGAAGACCAAGGAUGGAAAGGGAACUAUUGAUUCUUACUGUAUUGCGAAAUACGGACAGAAAUGGGUUCGAACGAGGACUAUAAUUGACAGUUUUGCUCCGAAAUGGAAUGAGCAGUACACUUGGGAGGUAUAUGAUCCAUGUACGGUUCUAACAAUAGGAGUUUUUGAUAACUGUAAUUUACAAGGUGGGGAGAAGUCUGCAGGAACCCGUGAUUCCAAGAUUGGUAAGGUUCGGAUUCGACUUUCAACCCUAGAAACGGAUAAAGUUUAUACCCAUGCAUAUCCUUUACUUGUUUUGCUUCCUUCGGGGGUGAAGAAGAUGGGAGAAGUGCAACUUGCUGUUCGAUUUACUUCCUCCUCACUGCUUAACAUGAUGCACAUGUAUUUGCUUCCAUUGCUGCCUAAAAUGCACUACCUUUUUCCCCUUUCUGUGACUCAGCUUGAUAACUUGAGGCACCAAGCUACUCAGAUUGUUUCUAUGAGACUUGGCCGUGCAGAGCCACCGUUGAGGAAGGAAAUUGUUGAGUAUAUGCUUGAUGUGGACUCUCACAUGUGGAGUAUGAGAAAGAGCAAAGCUAAUUUCUCUAGAAUUAUGGGUGUGUUGAGCGGUAUUAUUGCAGUUGGAAAGUGGUUCGAUCAAAUAUGCAAUUGGAGGAAUCCUUUGACUACAGUUCUCAUUCAUGUCCUGUUUGUGAUACUAGUUCUGUAUCCGGAGCUUAUACUUCCAACAGUAUUCUUGUAUCUGUUCCUGAUUGGAGUAUGGUACUACCGAUGGAGGCCAAGGCAUCCUCCUCACAUGGACACUAGACUCUCGCAUGCAGACACAGCUCAUCCUGAUGAGUUAGAUGAAGAAUUUGAUACUUUUCCUACCUCUCGACCCCCUGAUAUUGUCAGGAUGCGAUAUGAUCGAUUGAGGAGUGUUGCUGGUAAGAUUCAGACAGUUGUUGGAGAUCUUGCUACACAAGGGGAGAGGUUGCAGUCAUUGUUGAGUUGGCGGGAUCCGAGAGCAACUGCACUUUUUGUGAUCUUUUGUCUUGUUGCUGCUAUUGUGCUCUAUGUUACCCCAUUUCGGUUGGUGUCUUUUUUGGCUGGAAUAUAUUUGCUAAGGCACCCAAGGUUCAGACACAAGAUGCCAUCUGUUCCUCUUAACUUCUUCAGGAGGUUACCUGCUAGGACAGAUAGUAUGUUAUGAGACUUUUUAUCGUCAUUGGUCAGAUCUCUCUUAUUUGUCUUUUUGUCUUGAAUAGACCAUGAAUUGCUAGAUUUAAGUUGGAGUUUUUGAAAAUGAUCUGUAGCUUGGACUUUUUUUUUUGUCUGUUGUUAUCUUGUUUUUUGGUUGUGUUUCUUCAAUAUGUGAACCUAUCUGCUCGUUGUUUAAUGUUUUAUCUUGUCGUCUAAUUUCAUUUGCCACGCUUAUCCU